AUGCUGCUCUCCGGCCUGGCCACCAGCCACGACGGCGCGGCCGCGCCCACGGCCACCCGGCGGCGGCGCUGUUCCACCACUCCAGCAGCAUCCCCUUACGCGUCCACCAUGGCCACGCUCUCCGCCUCCGCGCCGUUCCCCACCAUCACCCUCGGACUCACCCAGGCGCCUGGAGGCCUUGCCGGAGCGGCGGCCUGCUGCCCUCACGGGCUCGGGCUCCAUCGCCCGCCCGGAGGAAUCCACCCCGUGGUGGCCCCGGCGAUGCCGUUCUCAGCACCAUCGCCGCUGGCUUCGAUGUUCCUCCCGCAGCGAGCGCCCACGGGGCUGCCGACGCCGACUUGGCUGGUCGCGCGGCAGCAGCAGUCGGUGAUGGAGACGGUGACCGCAGCCAUCGCGGCCGACCCCAACUUUACCACGGCGCUUGCGGCGGCCAUCUCAUCGGUCAUGGCAGGAGCAGGAGCAGCGCAUCAGGCUCAGCCUACUCCACGUGGAGUAAUACCGGCAACGCCGGAGAUCAGGCCAACGGCAGUGCGGGUGCGGCCACAGCAGGUCCGACGGCAGCCGGAGCACAUGCAGCGUCUGCCGAGUCGCCUCGGUUCGCGACGCAGUCCUGCACCACGUCGACAACUUGAGGGAAUUGAUGAGUGCUGA